AUGUAAAAAAUAAUUGUUCCUUUUUUAACUCUGAAUAAUGGCAAUAAAAUUCCAUAGAUUGGUUAUGGUACUUACUAGUGUAGUGGAAAGGAAUUAGUAGAAGGAAUCAAAUAUGCUUUACAAAUGUAAUCAGAUUUAUUAUUAUCAUUAUACUUAGCGGGUAUACUCAUAUAGAUUCUGCUUCUUAUUAUAAAAAUGGCUUAGAUAUUAGAGUUCCUAAAAGAGAAGAUAUUUUCAUCACUUCUAAGAUUGCCCCAUACGAAUAAGGAUAUGAAAAUACUUUAAAAACUUGCAAAAAAAUCCUAUAAGAUUUGGAUACAACUUACCUUGAUUUAUUAUUAAUUCAUUGGCCAGGUUCCUCUGGUAAUUAACCUAAUAGUCCUAACAAUGCCACUGUGAGACUUUAAACUUAUAAAGCUUUAGAGUAAUUAUUUUAAGAAGGAUUAAUUAAAAAUAUAGGUGUUAGCAAUUUUUUAAAACAUCAUCUUGAACAUCUUUUGUAGAAUUGUAAAAUUAAACCUGUUAUCAAUCAAAUAGAAGUACAUCCCUUAUGUUGGGAUUAAGCUACAAUUGAAUUUUGUUAAUAACAAAGUAAUGUUAAGUAAUAUCUAAUUUAGACAUUUUAAUAGAAGCCUAUUCUCCAAUUGCUAGAAAUGACCCAAAAUUAAUUUAGAAUUAAAAAAUGAUAGAGCUUUCAAAGAAAUAUAAUAAAAGUGUUGCAUAAAUUAGUCUAAGAUGGGCUGUUCAAAAGGGAUUUAUAGUAUUACCAAAAUCAAAGACUCCAAAAUAUAUAAAAGAAAAUUUUGAGAUUUUUGAUUUUCAAAUUUUGGAAGAUGAUAUGAAAAUUAUUGACAAACUAAAUCAAAAUUAUCAUACUUGUUGGGAUCCUAGCACAGUUAUUUAUUGA